AUGGAUGGCCUGGUGGUACUGGCGAGAAAGGACAAGGACGAGGUAGGACCCAUCAAGGGCAAGAAGAGCAAGGCGACGAAGGCGAAGCCGAAGGCGAUCAAGCACAACGCCGAGACCUUCCAGUUGUUCGCCCGAGUCAAAGUCGAUGCGCCCAUCACACUGGACGACAUCCAGCCCACGCUCGAGAAGCUGGAGGCGCAGCUGGCGAAGCUCCAGGAGAAGGUGAAGGAGUGGGAGAGGAAGAGGAGAGAGGAGGCCGAGCAAAAGGCCGCGGAAGCGGACGCCCUCGCGACAGAGGAGCAGCCGCAGGAGGAUGAGCAGGCAGGCCUGGCAGAGGAGCCCGCCGACGAUCCAGCGCAGGAGGGGGCGGACGUGGAGGAAGCGACGGAGCAGGAGACGCGGCAGGUGAAGACGUCGAUGCUGAGGCAUUGCCUGAGGACGAUAAGCAGGACCAGGAAGACCAAGAAGAGGCGGAUGCACAAUGAGCCGGCGGAGAUUUUGUACGUGUGCUUCCACCCUCCCUGUAUACCUCGAUCAUUGUACGCUCCCGCUGUAGUCCCCAUCCUCAUCUCGUUCAGGGCCGUCGCCGCGUAG